UGCACGCGGACAUGGCGAAAAAGGACCGAUUUAUAAACAGAAGAACAAAGUGUGGAUAUAAACGAUAGCUAUUUUCAUGAAAAGGAAUCAUUUAAAUGCUAAGGAGGGGAACUGGUACUCCUUCGAGGCAGAGACCACUGAAUCACCAUGGUACUCAUAGUGGAGAAGACUGCUGAUCACCCAUCUGCAGAGUUCUCCCUGGUUGAGGAUGUGGCCCUUCACUGUAUGUUUUUGAUGGACAGGCUAAACAAGCAACGUCUGUUCCAACCAGACCUAUGUGAUGUGGACAUCAUCCUCCUGCACCAUCAGACCUCUUUUCAGGCCCAUAAGGGUGUACUAGCAGCCUACAGCCCCUUCUUCCACUCGCUCUUUGCCUGUAGUAAGGAGUUGCAGCGAGUGGAGCUCUCUCUGGAGGCUCUCACGCCACAAGGCCUGAAGCAAAUCCUGAACUUCAUCUACACUUCCAAACUCCUGGUAACCAGCUGCAAUGCCCAGGAUGUGUUCAAGGCUGCCACUGUGCUACAAAUGAGCAACAUUGCCACUUCCUGUAGCGAGCUCAUUACCAGAGACUCGCUGGGAAUCAGUCCUAGUGUGGACCAAGCCAAACAGGAAACCAGUUCUCAUAUCUGUAGCAAUAGCAACAGCAACUCAGUGAUCUCUAACUUUCUCAUGGAGAUCAAGCAAGAGAAGGACCCUACCUGUGCCAAGAUCUAUGUAGGGAAAACUGAAGGAAGCCCAUUUGCUGGUCAGGUUGGUGAUGGGUGUCCAGUAAGUGUACAAUUAAGUGCUUGUAAAGUAGAAGGCAAAACCGAAGGAUCAAAGGAAUCUGAGGAUCUUGCUUCAUUUAAUAGAAAGCAAAUUAUUGUCGAGCUGAAUUUGAACAAUCAGACCCUUAAUGUAUCCAAAGGUUUAGAGUGCAGUUCUUCCAACACAGCAGCUCAAUCUCCCUCAGGGCAGCAGGUUCCUGGAAAAGCAAGGAUGAAUGAUCGGACUGUUGAGGAAUGUAGAGAUAAUGUGGCCAUGGAGGAGGAAGAAGAGGAGGGUGAGCAAAGUGAAGAAGAUGAUGUGGGACUUGGAGACACCAGUGAGGAGGAAGGCAACACAUUACCUGUAUUCAUGUCUGAAAGACCCCUACCACAAACUCGUGUCUCCGUUAAUGCAAUAGCAAUGGUCUCCAAAAGAACCGGUGUGAAUGUGAGGCAAGAGAAAGGUCAUGGUGGGAGCGGUGAGGAGCAGAAUGAUAGGUUGGAGAUUCAGAGCUUUCAUUGUGUGAGGUGCCCCAAGAUCUUCAACAACCGCGGGUACUUGGAGAAACACAUGAACAUGACACAUAACCACAUGCAGAUCUGUUACAAGUGUGGCAAACGCUUCCUCCUGGAAAGUGAACUACUGUUACAUCAGCAGACAGACUGUGAGAAGAGCAUACAGUGUCUAAUAUGUGGAAAAGUCUUCAGGAAGCUCUGGUCCCUACAUGAGCACAAUAAGAUUGUUCACGGCUAUGCUGAGAAGAAGUACACUUGUGAGAUUUGUGAGAAGAAAUUCUACACAAUGGCUCAUGUACGCAAACACAUGGUUGCCCACAACAAGGAGAUGCCAUUUAUCUGUGAGACAUGUGGCAAGUCCUUUAAAAGGAGCAUGUCACUGAAAGUCCACUCUCUUCAACACUCAGGAGAGAAGCCAUUCCAUUGUGAGGUCUGCAGUGAGCGUUUUCAGUACAAGUACCAGCUGCGUUCUCACAUGAGCAUCCACAUUGGACAUAAGCAGUUUAUGUGUCAGUGGUGUGGGAAGGACUUCAAUAUGAAACAGUAUUUUGAUGAACACAUGAAGACACACACAGGAGAGAAACCAUAUAUAUGUGAGAUCUGUGGGAAGAGCUUCACAAGCCGACCCAAUAUGAAGCGGCACCGCCGUACACACACCGGAGAGAAGCCGUACCCUUGUGAAGUGUGCGGCCUGCGAUUUCGCUUCUCCAACAUGUUGAAAGCUCACAGAGAGAAGUGUUCCCAGGUAAGGAACCCUUCCAUCUCUGAGGCCAUUCAUCCAGAAUAUGACUCGUCCACUGUAACCAAUCAAAUGGAAGCUGCUGCAAACCACUGAGAGAUAUUGGCCCACAUCUGCAUGGUAUAGUCUCUUUUCCAUCAGCUGUGCUGCACUCAGUUGAUGUGGCUCCAUCACAUUUUCACCUGCGUUCCCUUACACCACUCUUCACUUCUGGAAGGACAGACUCUAGAAACCUGUAACUACUGCACUGUAUUAUAAUACUGCAUUAUAAUAUUUCUGAUACAGAGGUACUUUUUAUGUAGCAAAAGUGUCCAAAUAACCCAGUGUUCUUUGUCUUAUCAUCUGUCUAAUACUAUUAUGAUUUCCCUUCCAUUCCCAUAUGAAACAUUGAUUCAGUAUGCAAAACGUUCUCAGUCAACUGUGCUAUGAUAAACCUUAGUUAGGCAAAAAAUAUUGUAACUAAAAUAGUGAAACUAUUACUUAGAUACAGUAUAUGCUUAUUGCAAUACAUAUACACUUUUAUGUACAGUAUAUUUACAGAAUAAUAAACAUACAGAAGCAUACAGAGCUGUAAUAAUAAGUGUUUGGAGUAAUGACCUGUUGUUUGUUGAAAUUUGUUGUCAGUAGUUUGUAUUUCUGGCACUUGUUAGUGUUUGAGUGAAGGGUUUCUUACUUUUUGUGUGUUUAAUACACACUGUGUUUUAUACUAUCCUGAUUGCCCGUUUGAUUUUUUUUUAUUUUAUUUUUUUACUGUUAUUGUUUCUGUUCUUUUUUUCAUAUACAUGUGUGUUUUGAAGCACCUUAAAGGGAUAGUUCACCCAAAAAUGAAAAUUAUUUUAUCAUUUACUCACCCUCAUGCCAUCCCAGAUGUGAAUGACUUUCUUUCUUCUGCUGAACACAAACAAAGAUUUUUAGAAGAAUAUUUCAGCACUGUUGGUCCUCAUGAUGCAAGUGAAUGGGUACUAAAAUUGUAAAACUCCUAAAUCACAUAAAGGCACCAUAAAAGUAAUCUAUAAGACUCCAGUGGUUAAAUCCAUAACUUCAGAAGCAACAUGAUAGGUUUGGGUGAAAAAGAUCCAUAUUUAAGUCCUUUUUUUUAACCUAUAAAUCUCCACUUUUUUUUUUUUUUUUAUUUCUUUUUUUUUUCACAUUCUUCAUGCAUAUCGCCAUCUGCAGGGAGGAGAAUUUAUAAUGAAAAAGAACUGAAAAAUGUAUCUGUUUCUCACCCACACCUAUCAUAACGGUUCUGAAGAUGUAGAUUUAAGCACUGUCUUAUGGAUUAUUUUUAUGGUGUCUUUAUAUGCUUUUUGGAGCUUCAAAAUGUUCAUACCCAUUCACUUGCAUUGUAUGGACCUAAAGAGCUGAAAUAUUCUUCUGAAAUAUUCUUCUAAAAAUCUU